AGGUCCUACCGGGCUUCCGGAAAUUGUGGAUGCAGGGUCUCCUGCGGUCCCUACAGUUAGAUGAGCUCACUUUCCCGGAGUUCACUGUUUAGGUAGGGCUUUGGAGUCUGGACGUUGGAGGUGUCCAGGUGUACCUGCAGUGGUCCAGAGCCCGGAACUCCCAGUCACUGGCUGGGGCUGGGCGUUCAUCUCAGCGGGGCUCAGGCACCUAGAGGAUAUUCUAAGUGGACUGGGGUCUCGGGGUCCCUUGGGAGCUCUGCGGACGGUCCCCCGGCUCCACCCCAUCAUGUGGCCGCCCCGGCUCCGCCUCCGCCCCAGUUCCUGUUUCGGCCUCGGCAGUCCUGCUUCAGCCCCUACGGCUCCCCGCAGACGCCUGCUCUUCCUGCUCCGCCCGGGCCACGUCUUACUGGGCGCUCGCUGUCGCAUCCCCGCUCGUCCCGCCGGGGGAUGGGGCCUUCCGCCGGCCUGGGCCCGCCCUGUUGGGGUCCCCGAGGCGACUCGGCCCCGCCUUGAUGGACUGGCGCGCCUGGUGCUGCGGCCCCAGGAUGAAGGGCGGCGAGGGGGACCCGGGCGAACAGGCUCCGCUGAACCCGGAGGCCGAGAGCCCCGCGGGUUCGGCCACCUACCGGGAGUUCGUGCACCGCGGCUACUUGGACCUGAUGGGGGCCAGUCAGCACUCGCUGCGGGCGCUCAGCUGGCGCCGCCUCUACCUCAGCCGGGCCAAGCUGAAAGCUUCCAGCCGCACGUCUGCCCUGCUUUCGGGCUUCGCCAUGGUAGCCAUGGUAGAGGUACAGCUGGAGAGCAACCACGAAUACCCGCCGGGCCUGCUGGUGGCCUUCAGCGCCUGCACCACCGUGCUGGUGGCUGUGCACCUCUUUGCACUCAUGGUCUCCACCUGUCUGCUGCCUCACAUUGAAGCCGUUAGCAACAUCCACAACCUCAACUCUGUCCAUCAGUCUCCACACCAGCGACUCCACCGCUACGUGGAGCUGGCCUGGGGCUUCUCCACUGCCUUGGGCACCUUCCUCUUCCUCGCUGAAGUUGUUCUGGUUGGCUGGGUCAAGUUUGUGCCCAUCGGGGCCCCCUUGGGCACACAAGGCUCUGUGGUACCUGCCUCCCAGGUGCCUGAGACUCUGCCACCAGUGGCCACCUCCCUUAGUCCAGCUUCCAAGCCAUCCUCUGCUUCUGUAGCCCCGUCACAGGCUGAGCCACCUGAGGCCUGCCCACCUCGGCAAGCAUGUGGCGGUGGUGGUGGGGCCCAUGGACCAGGCUGGCAAGCAGCCAUGGCCUCCACGGCAAUCAUGGUACCUGUUGGGCUUGUGUUCAUGGCCUUUGCCCUUCAUUUCUACCGCUCCUUGGUGGCUCACAAGACCGACCGCCACAAGCAAGAGCUAGAGGAGCUGAGUCGCCUGCAGGGGGAGCUGCAGGCUGUGUGAGGCUGGUGUUAGCCACAGCUUCGAGCACCGCCUCCCUCAGGGGUCAGCCAGAGGCCCCAGUUCUACGGACCCCAUCCCCCGCCCUGCCUGG